CUGCAGAACUGCAGGAGACAAUCUUUCUAGACAAGGCGGCGGCGGCGGCGGCGGAGGAGGAGGACGGAGUGCCUGGAGGGGGCCGGCCUGCGUGCACCGCGCACCUCGGGAGCCUGAUCGCGCGUGGAACGGCUGCCUCGGGAAGACCUGGCCAGAAGCGAAGAUGUUUGGUUUCCACAAGCCAAAGAUGUACCGGAGCAUAGAGGGCUGCUGCAUCUGCCGGGCCAAGUCCUCUAGCUCCCGCUUCACCGACAGUAAGCGCUACGAGAAGGACUUCCAGAGCUGUUUUGGGUUGCAUGAGACGCGUUCCGGAGACAUCUGCAACGCCUGCGUCCUGCUGGUGAAAAGAUGGAAGAAGCUACCGGCAGGAUCCAAAAAAAACUGGAAUCACGUGGUAGAUGCAAGGGCAGGGCCCAGUCUGAAGACCACACUGAAACCAAAGAAAGUGAAGACUCUGUCUGGAAGCAGGAUGAAAAGCAACCAGAUUAGCAAGUUGCAGAAGGAAUUUAAACGUCACAAUUCGGACGCUCACAGCACCACCUCAAGUGCCUCUCCAGCUCAGUCCCCUUGUUACAGUAACCAGUCAGAUGACGGCUCAGAUACAGAGAUGGCUUCCGGCUCCAGCAGAACACCGGUCUUCUCCUUUUUAGAUCUCACCUACUGGAAAAGGCAGAAGAUCUGCUGUGGGAUCAUCUACAAGGGGCGUUUUGGGGAAGUGCUCAUCGACACGCACCUCUUCAAGCCUUGCUGCAACAGCAAGAAGCCGGCCGCUGAGCCCUCGCCGGCGCCCCAGGGCCCCGAGCCGCUGCCCAGGGCCCCUCAGGAGUGGUGACCGCCGCCCACGGCCCGGCGGCAGAGCAGCAGAGAUUCUGCGAAGACCACGAAGCGACAAACUGACCCUCUUAACGUUUUCACUCGGAUACCUGCUAUUCUGCCAAAAGACAAUUCCUAGACUAGUUCUGAAUGGGUUCUUCCCCAGGUCCACACGUUCUGAAGCCAGUGUCUCGCUUCCUGAAAGAAAGAAUGCGUGUACAUAAUAUUGAAGAUGCUGAGGAUCUCAUAGGAAGGCUGAAUGCUGCUGUAAAGUGCUCUUUAAGUCUUUUUUUUUUUUUUUAAUUAAAUCCCCUUCUAAUGAAUGGAAUUAGGGGAAUUUCAGGGGACAGAGAUGGGAUCUGUUGUAUGAUAAGCCGUAUGUAGUUGUAGUCUUUCUGUACUGAGAAGCAGUGGUUGGGGCAGUUUCUCAUUGGCUGGCGGCCCUUGUUUUCCCUCUCGACAGCAAAUUGGUGGUAACCCGGUUACAGGACCGACCCCUGGCGCUGGAAUCCUGAGGUCCGGCCCAGGAUCUGGGGGCUCAAACCCGUACUACUGACGACAAAGCGGGAGCGCGUCCCGGGCAGGAGACGGUAACUUCUCAGCGGAGAGAGAGGUCACUUAGCUGUAUGUGUUGCAUCCAUGUCACCUCCCUCAUGUUCAUGUUUUGUCCAGGUUUUAAUUUCCGCGAGGUCCCACAGCGGAGGCAGAGCUCCGCCCCGGGGAACACGGAUCCCGGGUUAAACAGGCUCAGCUGGUUGAGAAACAGCGGGAAGGCACGCUGCUCUGGGGGCUCGCCUUGGGGGCUGGGGGCUACUUCGCUGCCAGUCCGGGCCGUUCCAUUCGCCCCUGGCUUUUAUCUCCUGUGACCUUUGCGAAGGUUUUUCCAGAGUUGAGCCGGCGUCUAACUUCUUGUAGCUGCCUAGGGCUUCUGGUUUUUUUGUUUUUUUUCUCAUUAUAAUUAACGUAAAAUUGAGUAAAAGGACAGAGGCGUGCGUGAAUACUAAGAUUGGCUUUGCUUUGACUUUUUAGUCUGGCUUUCUGGAUCUCCAGAUGUGACCGUAGGCCCUCCACUUGUGAGAUCCUGGUCUUUGUAAUUUUUUUUUUUUUUUUUUUUUGACAGGCAGAGUGGACAGUGAGAGAGAGAGAGAGAGAAAGGUCUUCCUUUUGCCGUUGGUUCACCCUCCAAUCCUGGUCUCCCAUGGGGUGCAGGGCCCAAGCACCUGGGCCAUCCUCCACUGCACUCCCUGGCCACAGGAGAGAGCUGGCCUGGAAGAGGGGCAACUGGGAAAGAAUCCAGCGCCCCGACCGGGACUAGAACCCGGUGUGCCGGCACCGCAAGGCAGAGGAUUAGCCUAGUGAGCCGUGGCGCCGGCCAAGAGAUCCUCAGUUUUAAAGCUUCUCACUUGUAUCCACGCCAAAGUGUUCUCAUUGCCUCUUUUCUAGAAGUCCAGGAAAAACAAAAAGCCCUGUCCGGACGCCCCCCCUGCAGAAGGAGCAUCACACUUACGGUGCCGCGACUUGGCGCUUAAUUUUAGAACUGGAGUUUGAGGUUUUGGGUAGCCUAACCGAGGAGUGAGCCCUGUAGUCUGCUAGCUCUUGUCUGAACAUAACAGGUUGCAUUUCUCCCUUGUGGGAAAAAGCCUGCCUGCUCCCGACCCCACACACCCCCGACUCCCCCUGCCUCAAAAGGGGACGCAAGGGUCCAGCUGUUAUCAUCCUCCAUCCUGAGUUACUUCGAAAUGGCUUUGUUGUUUUUCUUUUUUUGUACAUGUUGGUUGCAGUACUGGUGGUAGAAUAUACUAUAACGUGGGUCAUCUCUACUUCUGUAUUUAUUUAUUUAUUGCUAGACCUCAGCCACCGUCUUCUCCCCCGCCCCCUCUCUGCCUGUAGGACGUACUGUGUGUAGUCAUGCACUUUGUAUUAAUAUAUUAGACAUCUACAGAUCUGUUUUGUACUUUUUAUACUGUUGGAUACUUAUAAUCAAAACUUUUACUAGGGUAUUGAAUAAAUUUAGUCUUAAUAGAAAAUAAAA